AUGAUAAGGGGGAUAGAUCAUUUGCGAGACCCGAGGCUCAACAAGGGCCUUGCUUUUACUUUGGAGGAACGACAAGCGCUUGGUAUUCAGGGCUUAUUAGCUCCGCUGAUCAAAACACAGGAAGAACAACUAAACAUCUGUCGAAUAUCAUUGGAAAGAUACAAAUUCGAUUUGAAUAAAUAUUUGUAUUUAGUUGAAUUGCAGGAUACAAACGAGAAGUUGUUCUACAGUCUGAUCUCGCAAAAUGUCGAAAAAUAUUUGCCGAUUGUAUACACGCCUACAGUUGGUUUGGCUUGCCAAAAGUUUGGUCUCGUUUACAAGAGGGCUAGAGGACUUUUCAUUACUAUCAAUGACAGGGGACAUAUUUAUCAGAUUUUGAAGAAUUGGCCCGAACAAGACGUACGCGCAAUUGUCUUCACCGAUGGCGAGAGAAUUCUCGGUCUAGGUGACCUUGGUGCUUAUGGCAUGGGAAUUCCCGUGGGCAAAUUGGCAUUAUACACUGCAUUAGCGGGCAUCAAACCGCAUCAAUGUCUGCCGAUCACCUUGGAUGUAGGUACUGAGAAUCAGACUCUUCUAGAAGAUCCACUUUACAUUGGAUUGCGCCAGAGGAGGGUACGAGGCAAAGAUUACGAUGACUUCGUCAAUGAGUUCAUGGAAGCGUGCGUUAAAAGAUUCGGAGCGAAUAUUCUUCUUCAAUUUGAAGACUUUGCUUUAGCGAAUGCGACCCGUCUACUAGAGAAGUACCGGGACCUGUACUGCACUUUCAAUGACGAUAUCCAAGGAACAGCCAGCGUCGCAGUAGCCGGUCUACUGGCGACUGUUAGAAUAACUAAGAAAAAACUCACGGAAUACACUUAUAUGUUUCUGGGCGCUGGCUCGGCCGCUACGGGAAUCGCUAACCUAACGUGUGCGGCCAUGGUAGGAGAUGGAAUGCAGUUGAAGGAAGCGCAGAGCCGCGUAUAUCUUUUCGACAUAGAUGGUCUUCUGUCUUCUAAGAGGGAAAGUGGGUUACCAGACCACGCGAAACAAUUCGGCAAGGACGUGGAACCUGAGAAGAAUUUUGAAGCGUGCGUCGCGAAGUAUAAGCCGACGUGUCUGAUUGGAUGCUCAACAGUAAAGGGUGCAUUCAAUGAGAAAAUUCUAAAAUUAAUGGCACAGAAUACGGAGCGGCCGGUUAUCUUCGCUCUAUCGAACCCGACAAGUAAAGCAGAGUGCACGGCGCAAGAAGCAUACGAUCACACAGACGGUAAAUGUGUAUUUGCGUCUGGAUCUCCGUUUCCACCCGUCAAGUUUAAAGACAAGCAAUACCUUACGGGACAAGGGAACAAUUCCUAUAUAUUUCCCGGCCUAGCGCUGGGCGUAAUUGCUGUGCGCGCGCGCAUCAUACCUGAGAUUAUGUUCCUAAGUGCAGCUAGAACGCUGGCGAAUUUCGUAAGCGAAGAAGACUUAAACCUUGGUAGAAUAUAUCCCCCACUUUCUGAUAUUAGAAAAGUAUCGUAUUCCAUUGCAAUAGAACUGUGCAAAAUGGCGUAUGAUAAAGGCAUCGCAACAGUAUACCCAAAACCUCAGGACUUUAAGAAGUUCAUAGAAAGUCACAUUUAUAAUCUGGCUUACCACAAUUAUCUGCCCAACUUCUUCCACUAUCCAAAACCUCCAGAUAUAAAGGUGAAGUCAAUUGAAGAAGCUCACGGAGACACGUAA